AUGGUGGAACAGGGAGCCUACCCUUGGGUCUCACUGACACCCGCCGCGACGGCCAACACGCUCUCGUUCCUGCGCGUUGUCAUCCUGGCGACCAUCGCAGGCGCAGCAGUUGCCAGCCGACUCUUUGCCGUCAUUCGCUUCGAGUCCAUCAUCCACGAAUUCGAUCCAUGGUUCAAUUUUCGUGCGACAAAGGUCCUCGCAGAGAAAGGCGUCUACGAGUUCUGGAAUUGGUUCGAUCCAACGGCAUGGUAUCCGCUCGGUCGAGUAGUAGGAGGAACGAUCUACCCCGGGCUGAUGAUCACGAGCGGCAUCAUCUUCAACGCGCUCAGGUGGCUCUCGGUCCCUGUCGACAUUCGCGAAGUCUGCGUCAUGCUGGCGCCUGGAUUCUCUGGCCUGACAGCUUAUUCGACCUAUCUCUUCGGGCGCGAGGUCGGGCGUUCCAAAGACGGACAAGGGGGCGAAGGAACUGGAUUGUGGGCAGCACUCUUCAUUGGUAUUGCGCCGGGAUACAUCUCGCGUUCCGUGGCAGGAUCUUAUGAUAACGAAGCGAUUGCUAUCUUCAUCCUCAUGUUCACCUUUUACCUCUGGAUCAAAGCACUCAAGGAAGGCUCGGCCUUCUACGGAGCUCUGACCGCUCUCUUCUACUUCUACAUGGUUGCCGCAUGGGGCGGCUAUGCCUUCAUUACCAACAUGCUUCCGCUGCAUGCCUUUGCAUUGCUUUGCAUGGGUCGCUUCUCCUCACGACUCUACGUGGCCUACUCUGCCUUUUACGCCAUCGGAAUCCUGGCUAGCAUGCAAGUCCCCUUUGUCGGCUUUCAACCCAUCAGAACAUCCGAGCACAUGGCUGCUCUCGGUGUAUUUGGCUUGCUCCAGCUCGUUGCCUUUGCCGAACUCGUCAGAAGUCUCGUGCCAUCUCAGCAAUUCAAGUCGCUCUUGCGCGGCUCUCUCGUCGCUGCUGCUGCAUUGGGUGCUGCUGCAAUCGUCGGACUCACAAAGGGCGGCUAUAUCCAGCAAUGGAAUGGCAGAUUCUAUUCCCUCUUCGAUACAGGCUAUGCCAAGAUCCAUAUUCCGAUCAUUGCGUCAGUCAGCGAACAUCAGCCGACCGCCUGGCCAAGCUUCUUCUUCGAUCUGCAAAUGCUCAUCUAUCUCUUCCCUGCUGGCGUCUUCCUCUGCUUCAGAGAGCUCAGGGACGAGCACGUCUUCAUCAUCGUCUACGCCGUCUUUGCGAGCUACUUUGCAGGCGUCAUGGUCAGAUUGAUGCUCACGCUAACACCCGUCGUCUGCGUCACUGCCGCAAUGGCCGUCUCUUCCGUCUAUACGGCUUAUCUCGAUCCUGCCGUGCCAGGCUCGCAAGUCGCUGCGACGGACGACUUGCCCUCUGCGCCAUUGGUCGAUCCGACCCUGAUCACCGAUAGCGAUGAACCAUCUGCAAAGACGAGCGCAGUCUCUGCGCCCGUCGGUGCGACCCAGCGCAAGAAAUCAGCAGCUGCUGCCAAGAUAGCCAAAGCUUCGAAUGAUAUACCGCUCAAGACGAGCCGCUCGACCGGUCCCUACUCGCUCGACGUGCGCUUUGCAGUCUUGACCGUCUUCAGCGCACUGCUCGUCUCGUUCUGCCUACACUGCACUUUUGUCACUUCGUCUGCUUACUCUUCGCCCUCUGUCGUGCUGGCUUCGCACAACCAAGAUGGCUCGACGAACAUCAUUGACGAUUUCAGAGAGGCUUACUACUGGCUCAGACAAAAUACUGCACCGGAUGCGAAGAUCAUGAGUUGGUGGGACUAUGGCUACCAGAUUGCUGGGUUUGCAGACCGUACGACGCUCGUUGACAAUAAUACCUGGAACAACACUCACAUCGCGACGGUGGGCAAGGCCAUGUCGUCGCGUGAAGAAGUCGCGUAUCCUAUUUUGCGCCAGCAUGAUGUCGAUUACGUACUCAUCGUCUUUGGCGGCCUCAUUGGGUACUCUGGCGAUGAUAUCAACAAAUUCCUUUGGAUGAUCCGAAUCUCGGAGGGAAUCUGGCCCGAGGAGAUCAAAGAGCAAGAAUACUUUACCGCGCGGGGCGAGUACAAGGUCGAUGACGAUGCUUCGCCAGCGAUGCGCAACAGUUUGAUGUACAAGAUGUCCUACUACAGAUUCAACGAUCUGUACAAUGGGCAGACGGCGAUCGACAGAGUCAGACAAGCUCGGAUGCCUUCCGUCGGGCCAGUCCUCGAUUCUCUGGAAGAGGCCUACACAUCCGGCAACUGGCUCGUGAGGAUAUAUAAAGUCAAAGAUGAGGAUGCUCUUGGACGAACUCACUCGACUGCGAACGCAUUCCACGCGGGCAAGCGAAGGAAGCGCGCAAAGGUGUCGAAGAGCAAGACAAAAAGGCGAGCAUCCGCCUCUAGAGCAUAG